AGCUCCCCCCAUGACGUGUGGGUGACCUCACUCAGAGAUCCGCAACCGGUGAGGUGAGCCGCCGCGAAUCCUCGGCCUCGCAUCCGCCGGUGGCCGCCGGGGGGGCGUGGAGCACCCAACUCCCACCUGCUGCGAGACACCCCCCUCUCCUCCACGGAAGCACACACCUGAAGAAGAAGAAGAGAAGGCGAGAACCAUGGCGCCACCUGCCGCGUCCAUCUCGCCCGUCUGCUGCGUCCCUUUCCCCGCCUCAGCCCCUCGUCGCGCGUCCCCCUCUUCCCUCAGAAGGCUCCCCAGAUUCGCGGCCCGGAGUAGCGGCGGCGGGGGCACGCGCCCUGAGCCCAAACCAGAUGACAACGAGAGCAAGGCCGUCCUCGACGCCUUCUUCCUCGGGAAGGCCUUCGCGGAGGCCCUCACGGAGCGGGUCGAGUCGGUGGUGGGCGAGGUGUUCAGCGUCGUCGGGCAGUGGCAGGCCGAGCAGCAGAAGCAGGUGCAGGAGUUCCAGGAGGAAGUAGUUCAAAGAGCCCAAAAGGCUAAGGAGAGAGCUGCAACGGAAGUCAGUGAUGAUAAGGGGACAAAGUCUCUAAGGGAACCUUCAGCAACAAUUGUGACAACUACACCUAUGUCAUCACCCCCUGCUACUCCCACACAGACAGAAUAGUUCUAGCCUUCUUGGUGGCAAUGAGAGUUGUUGCUGCAAGUAGUUGCAGUUCUUUCUGCAGCCAAAAAGCUUUAGUUGGCUUUCACAUGAUAUAUGUUGAUGUCAAAUAUAUUUGCUAGUGAAAAAUCAAGCAUUCAUAUGAAUGGCAUGAUAUAUAUUAGUUCACUUUAGUAUCCUCAGGAAGAACUUUUGCAUCUAGAGUGUUUGGGUAUAUGUAAUAUGUUAUAUGCCAUUCUUAAGAAAUACAGCUUCAAAAACCUUGGUAACAAUAUUGAAUUGGUGUCUUGAUUUACGCUAUUUACUAUAAUUUAUAACUUUGAAUGA